UAGUUUGUAACUUUAAUUUUAUACUGUAGGUAGAGGCUGUACAGGGAAAUAUGGUUUUGCUCUCGGGUGUGGAUCUGGUUGAUGGAACUCCAGUGCUAGAUCUCAAGCCUUACCUACCAUAUUGUGACAGCAUCCGAGAAGCUACAGUGCCAAAUUGGUUGACAGAUGAUAACUUGCUUUCUGUAGCUUCUAUUAGCUUUUCGGAGGACUUCACUUCAGCUCUCGAAAAUUGCUGGAUAGUGGCGGAAAAGAAGUCAUUGUAUGCAUCACCAGGUGAGUUCCAAAGCUUGAUAAAGCAGGUUCUUUCAUGGGAUAUUCGGUCAUUGAGUCAACGCAAUCGGCCACAUGAUGCAUUACUUAAGAAUGAAAACGAUGAACUAUUGGGUAAUGCUUCUGAUGUAGAUGACCACGAAAAUGAAACAUUAGUCCAUGAAAGAGAGCAGAAUGCUAUAGAUUCCAGUGAAAUCAUUUAUCACCUGAUUUUGGAGGGACUUGAUGUCUCUUACAGAAUUGAUCAUGUCGGUAAUGUCAUAGUAGAUAAUGUAUCACCUGCUGUGCAGGAUAAUAAGCGUAGUUUCUUUAAUUACUUGACAUGGAAAGACAAGAUGCAAUGAUUUAUUUUAUUCUACCCGAUUACUUGUUAAGCUAUUUUAAUUAAUAUUUUUCUUUUUCAAAAAAAUGUUUUUGCCCUUUUGUUACUAGUAAUGUAAGCUUUGAAGGUGUUUGGUUU